AUGAAAAAGCUGUUGAAAAAGCAUACAAAACAGCGCGAAAAGGAGGUAGUCUCCGAUUUCUCUACAAAUGCUCUUUUUGUUUUGCAGUUUGCACAAGUCACUGUUGGGAAAGGAUACUGGGGCGUUCUCCGAGAGGAGACAUGUAUGCGUGACUGGAACAAAGCUUACAGGCCGGAGCUUAGGAUGGGAGGGCGUGACCGAGGUGGAGGAGUGAAUCGCAGUGCGGCAAAGGACGCUGAAGGCAAGCAGAUUAGCUGGGGAAUUGGUGAACUGGAGUGGGAGGCAUGGAUGCGCGUUCUCGACAAUGCAGGCUAUAGAACAGGUCAUUUGUAUCGACAGCCGCUUUUGCGGUCCAGGACGCUUCCGGCAUCAACAAGCAGUUAUAGUGAUGUUGCUGUUCCACCAAGCGCCUCCUCGAUCGGCACUGUGAGGCUUGCCGUUUUUCUGUUGCAUUUAUUUUGA